AUCAGUGGCAGAAGAAAGAAGGCAAAAAAGAGUAUAGAAGUGCGAGAGCGAGUGUCCAUUAUUCUUUUCGACAAAUCUCCUUCAGUUUUUGUUUUCCAUUAUUUUGUCGCGAAAUAAUCAACUUGGAUACGGUCCGGCAUGAGUGGAACUGUGUAGAUUCGGUGCGGAAUACGGGCGAUAACGAUGUGAAUUUGCGAUACCGGCAUUUUUCCGAUUCGCUAUCGGUGCAAAACUCAGUCAAUAAGUCGGCGAGCGCAGCCCUACGCAAAAAGACGGUCGACGUACGGACUUACUACCGACGACGGACGGGCGACAACAGGGAUCCUACACAAUUGCAACAAGAGGGAGAGCAAUGUGGAAGAACCAAGCCCACUUGUGCUUUCUGGUUGUUUGUAUUUACACUUUGGGCCAUUGCAUUACCGAAAUCGACGCUACCGGCACUAAAGUUGAACCGUGGUACUUUUUAGCAGGCAAAAAUGGCACUUUGUCCUGCAGGUUUUUGGGGGCGGAGAAUCCAAUGUGGCAGAAGGAUGGAAAGAACUUCACCGAUAGCAGCGCCAAAAUCUCCAUCAUAAUUGUCGACACGGAGGCAGAUGUGGAGAAAAUAUCCGGUGUCUCUGAGUCCAAGCUCCAACAGGAAGAAACCACCGAAGCGCCAGAUGUGGCCACAUACACGGCCAUUUCCACCUUAACCGUGCAUAACUUUACGGGGUCCGACGCCGGAAACUACACAUGCCGCGGCGCAGACGGCAGCGUACUCGCCAAAUACUCGGCGCGGGAAGUGAUUCUACCAAAGAUAACUGCCUCCAGCCCGGAGCGAACCAAGAUUCAACAGCAGAAAAACGCCCAACUGUACUGCGUGAUUCAGAUGUAUCCACUGGAGUACUUUAACAACUCGAUUCAAUGGUUCAAGGAAGACGAUACCACCGAAAAUAACUUCCUCAAGAACGCAGCAGUGCGCGUACUGAAUAGAACUCACGUAAACGUGACACUAACUGUUAAGGAUGUCAGCAAAGCGCACAAUGGAACGUACUCGUGCAAUGUUGGUCCGUCUGCCAUGCUGGAUGAAAAUUCAGCCACCGAUAAGAAGUCGAUGGCAUUGCUCGUACUUGACAAGCCGCAAGUAUCAAUUGAUUACGUUAAAGCAGUAGGUGCCAAUAAAAUUUACCUGAACUGGACUGUGAACGAUGGAAACGAUCCCAUCAAAAUUUACAUGGCGCAGUUCAUGAAGAAAGGAGAUUCGACUUUUACGUAUUAUGAAAGCCGUAUAGAUGGGUCGAACACUUCUUAUGUGAUGCAAAAAUUUGCAGCCUCUACGGACUAUGAGAUUAAGUUGACUGCUCAAAACGGUCAGGGUAGUGGUCCGCCGUCUCCAUCUGUGAAAGUUCGUACCCUAGACAGUGAUCCAAGCUUCACACCCGCUGUUGAAGUUAAAGGAAACACUCACUCGACUAUCACCAUUGGCUGGGCGCCUCCUCCAGCCGACCUCCUGGAAUAUAUUCAGUACUACGACUUGACGGUGUCGGUUGCUGGUGAGAAUUCAUCCAAAUGGGAAACUUAUUAUCCACAGAAUAGUCGGAACCUUCCGUACAUGUUCGACAACUUAGACACCGCUACGGAAUAUAGUUUCCGCGUUCGGGCUUGCAGCGAGUUAGCCAAAGCUUGCGGAAACUGGUCCGAAGAAGUGAAUGGAACUACCAGCGAUGGUCUCGCAUCAGAACCGAUCAACAUGAACAUUUCUUGCUUACAUUAUAACAUCUCGCGACGGUCUACAGUUCGGAUCCAUUGGGAUGCACCCAGAAAACCUAAUGGAAAGGUAAUAUCAUAUCAAGUCAUUUUGGAUGGCUUGUCGCAGUACCGCAGUGAACACGGUAUGUUGAAAAACGAAACAUACGGACCGAAAAUCAAAAACGUGCAAGCUCAGUACACGAAAACAGACUACGACGGAAUACUGCCCAACACCAAUUAUACCGUAAGGGUGGCAGCCGUCACUCGUACGAAACGGCCGGGAGAUGUUGCAAGCGCGACGUGCACGAUGCCUGCGACCACUCCGGAAAACAUCGGUCGAAUGAUGUGGGGAAAGCUUCGCACCGAAGACAAUCAGUGGAUCUUCAAGCUAUUCCUGCCUCGUGUUUCCGAACGAAACGGGCCAAUUUGUUGCUACAAGGUCUACCUCACGCGGCUGGGCCAGCGGAACAAUUCGCUUCCCGUACCGGAAAGCAUACCGGUGACGAGUUAUGCCGACGUCCACUCCAUCAACAACACCCGCGGUGGAACCUAUCUGGCGGAAGUGUUCAACACGCUGAACUACAGCUCCGAGGUGUUCCUGGGCGAUGGCAAGAACAACGAAUACCAUAACACGGACCUGUGCCCGCAGUGCUUGCACAAACGCACACCACCGGUGGAGAAAACUAGUGCCAUUAACAAAGAUGACGAGGUUCAAAACGCCUCGGUAAGCACGACAACAAGCUCUCCUAAACGCACUGGCAACGAAGCCGUUCCCGUUGAGGAUCAGCUAAAAAUAUCUAGUCACGAUAAGCGAGAAACCAGCGGAUAUCACGACCAUCCGGCACCUCCCCAGCUGGAAACUGCCUUCGAUGGCGUCCUGGAUCCGUCCAGUAACUACACUGGUUUUGUAGAGGUCGUAGUGAAAACCGAGAGCGAUCACGGACCGCGAUAUAUUUCGGCCUUCAGCGAAUAUUUUCAGGAGAUGAAUGCUGGAGCACCAUUGGCAAGCGAAAACGACGGAAGAGAUCUCACCUUCAUCCUCAACAUAGUUAUACAGAUUUUAUGUGGACUGAUAUUGAUAGUUUUAAUAGUCUUAUUGACUCUCUGCCUCUUGCACAAACAUUUCAGCAAAAACAUAGCCCAGGAAGGGGAAGCCAUUAGCUUAGGAGACUCGCUUAGGCGCGCUCUUUGUCAUGGACGCAAUGGCAAUCCCCAUCAUCGACAUCUGCUUGGAACAAACAGUGCCAAGCCACCGGUGCUUCCUCCGAUUUCAAAGGAAGACCUCGUCAAAGCAUAUUUAGAUAAGCAUAAGGAUUCGGACUACGGAUUCCAGCAUGAGUUUGAACUGCUUCCGGAUAAGUUUGUGGACAGGACAACGAAGUACUCCGACCUUAAGGAAAAUAUCCAUAAAAACCGAUACCCAGACAUAAAAUCCUACGAUCAGACACGGGUGAAACUGUCCACGAUGAACGGAAUGUCCGGGUCAGAUUACAUCAACGCAAACUUCGUGAUCGGAUAUAAGGAACGCAAGAAGUUCAUCUGUGCCCAAGGGCCAAUGGACAGCACGAUCAUUGACUUUUGGCGGAUGAUUUGGGAACAGCAUCUGGAAAUUAUUGUCAUGUUGACGAACUUGGAGGAGUACAAUAAAACCAAAUGUGCCAAGUAUUGGCCAGAAAACAUCAACGAUUCCACUCAGUAUGGAGACAUUCUUAUCACGUUUGCUUCCGAUAGUUACUACGCUGAUUACAUAAUUAGGAAUUUGAAGGUCACCAAACGUAGCGUCAAUUCAUCCGGCGAAGAAGUCGAAGACACCCGAUUUAUCUCACAGUACCAUUAUCUCACCUGGAAAGAUUUCAUGGCCCCGGAACACCCUCAAGGCAUUACAAAGUUCAUCAAACGCAUCAACUCCGAAUACUCAUUGCAACGCGGCCCCAUCCUUGUACACUGUAGUGCCGGCGUUGGCAGAACUGGAACCUUUGUAGCACUAGAUUCACUCAGUCAACAGUUAAACGAGGAGGGCCAGGUGUCCAUCUUCAAUACAAUUUGUGAUAUGCGAUAUCAAAGAAAUUUCCUCGUACAGUCAUUGAAACAAUACAUCUUUUUGUAUCGAGCUCUCACCGAAUUAGCGUACUUUGGGGACACAGAAAUCGACCAAAAAUCCCUAGCCGCUAUCGUAGAAAGUCUGAAACAGCCGUCUGCUGAGAAUCCCGAGAUCUGCAAGCUGGAAGCACAAUUUCAGCGAAUAAAGUCGUUCCAAGAGGACAGCCGUAAAACGACCGCCAUCGGUGGCAGUGAGGACAAUAAGGUGAAAAAUCGCUCCGAGUUGUGCGCGCCGUACGACAAGAACCGGGUGAUCCUGGCGCCGAUUCCCGGCCAUGACAACUGCACCUACAUCAACGCGUCCUUCAUCGAUGGAUACGACGAUGAAAACAACUUCAUCAUCACGCAAGACCCGAUGGAGAACACCAUAUUCGACUUUUGGCGGAUGAUCUUCGAGCAGAGGAUAAAAACCAUCGUCAUGUUUUCCGAGAUUGGAGACGGCCCGAACAAGUGCCCCCGGUACUGGGCGGACGAGGAGAUGCAGUACGAAAAUCUGCUCGUCACGUAUAUCCAAAGCGAGAGUGGUCCGUACUACACGAAGCGGGAGUUCACGGUGACCAACUGUAAGUCGAAGGACACCAUUCAGGUGACGCAAUUUCAGUACAACGGUUGGCCCACGGUGGAAGGAGAGGUCCCGGAAGUGACGAGAGGCAUGAUCGAGAUAGUCAAUCAAGCACAGAAACACAGCACUCAACAGGAGGACAUUUUCACCAUUGCUGUUCACUGCAGUUUGGGAACGGACAAAAGCUCCCUUUUUGUUGCCAUGUGCAUACUUGUGAUGCAACUGAAAACCGAGAAACGAAUCGACGUCUGUUCGAUAGUUAGGAAGCUUCGAGCACAACGUAGUCUAAUGAUAGAAACAUAUGCACAAUACGAAUUCCUGCAUAGAGCUAUUGUAAAUUUCGCCGAUCUAUACAAAAUCUCGUUAGGAAUAGCUUCCGACUGUUGAUGAGCUGAACUGUGUAGUGAUAGCAGAAUGCUGAGGUAACGCAAAACCCGCGCUGAAUAAUACGUAUGUGUAUAUGUUUGACGAGUUCUGAGUCGAGUAUUUGAGUCAGAAGAAAACGUAAAAUCUAUCAUAAGCCAAUUUACCGCGCACCGCAGUGGAGCUGAGACACGAACCACUGACAGCACACAGUUUAUGUUGCUUACGCUAAACGGUUAACAUGUGCAUGCGAUACUUGCUGGCGAAAAGUCGUAGCGAGCUAUUGUGCCAGAAAUGCUUCAAUUAUGCUAUAAAAUUGUAUGGGAUUUUAGCCAUUUUUUAAACCAGUAUACAAAUGCAUGAUUUCUGUUAAAAUUGUAUUCAGUCAAGAGCAGUUGGAACAAGUGACGAAUCAAAGGACAAUGCGGGACAAUGAGAUUAGCAAUGACGCAUUUCUUUCAAAGUUUUGUUAGGUUAUGAUUGUUCAAAACGUUUCAGCAUGAAACAUGUUUCGCCAUUUUGAAGCGGAACGGAAUCAAUGUAUCUUCCUUUUUUAUGAAAAGCCAUCCUUAGUUACUAAUCUCAAAAAAGUAAUUUCCUAUUUAUAUAGAGGACACACUACAUUAUAAAUAGCCAUCAUACAACUAAUAAAACUCAAAAACACUAGGAAGGAAAAGCAGGUACCUUUUAUACUACCCCUGAGCAGAGACAUGAUGGAGGGAGGAAAUAGUUAGGAAUCCAUGAGAAAGCAUGCUGAUAGAAGGAAGUAGACAAGUCGCGUAUAGGAAAGCAAAAGACAGAAUAAAGAAGUAGAAAGUUGCAAAUUAAAAUAACAAAAGAGUGUGAUCAAAACAUACAACUUGUAGGAAGGAUAAUAAUAACACAAAACAACGGAUAAAAGCGCAAGGCAAACGACGUGAGUUAGUUAUUUUUCAUGUUGAAAAACAGAGCAUACAACAAAUUCAAUCACGGGAAGGUAAACAAUGACACUAAAGUAAAGCAGAAAGAUGCAAAAUAUACCUCUAUCGGUGUGUAAAAGUCAAUAACUAUUAAGGUAUCUGUACCAGUAUGAUAUUUCUAUGAAUAAAAAUAAAGAAACAAACGAGAUUAAAAAACAGAAAUAGGAAGAAACACGGCUGGAAACCAUGGUCAUGUACGCAAGCAAGUCGGACGAAAUGUGGGUGAUUCAUUGUGCAGUUUGUCGAUGCUGAAUCCUCAAUUUACUACAUUAUAAUGUUUGUAUUUAUCAAAAAAAAACUAUCAACAAUCACAGAAACAGCAAGAAUAAGUGAAGACGAAACUUGUGUACGAA